AGUUGGAGGCUACAAAUAAAUAUGACGUAGUGCUCAGUCCUCCCUCCAUGCCAGCAGGUGGCGCAUGCGCGUCCAAAAGUAUGUGCAAACCGCCGCCAGACAGAAGAAGAAGAAACCGCCAUUGACGGUCUCGCGCUUCACAGCCAGCGGUUAACAGCGAUUAACGUCGUUUGAUGUUUUCUGCUGCCAAAAGUCUUUACGUCCGCGCGGCGAUGUGAGGGAGAGGGGGCGGAGCGAUCACGUCAACAUGGAGACCAAACGAGUCGAGAUCCCGUCGAGCGUCUUGGACGACCUGUGCAGCCGGUUCAUACUUCACAUUCCAAGCGAAGAGCGGGACAAUGCUAUCCGGGUCUGCUUCCAGAUCGAGUUGGCCCAUUGGUUCUACUUGGACUUCUGCUUGCAGAACACACCAGGAGCGCCUCAUUGUGGCAUCAGAGACUUUGCAAAGGCUGUUUUUCAUCACUGCCCUUUCUUGUUGCCUCAUGGAGAGGAGGUGCAGAAAGUGCUGGAGCAGUGGAAAGAGUACAAGAUGGGAGUACCAACGUAUGGAGCGAUAAUUCUGGAUGAAUCCCUGGAAAAUGUAGGUUGAUGUUUUUAUUUAUUUGACCAGGAAGAAAAUUCUUACAUUAAAUACAUAAAAUGGAAUAAAACGCAUUAAUGAAUUCAAAACUACGGUGGCCGACAGGGCUCACACUACAUACAAAAGAAACAACAACACAAGAACAUAACCGCAGCACAACAGAAAUGAGGACUUUUCUUUC